CUAUCUAUUUCAUUGAGUCAAAUAGGUGUUAGCACAAGCCUUGGUGUAUUAUUUCUGAUUUUUGGUGGAUGGUGGUCAUACAAAGUGAUAAAGAAAAGAAGGAGGGUUAAACGCAAGGAGAAGUUCUUCAAACAAAAUGGUGGACUACUACUAGAGAAACAACUAUCUUAUAUAAACAACAAAGACAAUGUUGAGAACAUCAAAUUGUUUAAUUCAAAGGAAUUGGAGAAGGCCACUGAUCAAUUUAGUGUAGAUAGAAUAAUCGGACAUGGUGGACAAGGCACUGUUUACAAAGGUAUGUUGGCAGAUGGAAGAAUUGUUGCAAUUAAAAAGUCCAACAUAAUAGAUGAAGAGAAACUUCAAGAAUUCAUAAAUGAAGUCGUGAUUCUUUCAAAAAUUAAUCACAGAAAUGUGGUUAAGCUACUUGGCUGUUGUUUAGAGACGGAAGUUCCUCUUCUAAUUUAUGAAUUCAUUUCUAAUGGAACUCUUGCCCAAUAUCUCAAUGGGCAAAAUGAGGAGUUUCCACCUACAUGGGAUAUGCGUUUACGAAUUGCUAUAGAAGUUGCAGGGACUCUUUUCUACUUGCAUUCAGUAGCUUCUUCACCAAUUUACCAUCGUGAUAUUAAGUCUACAAACAUCCUCUUAGAUGAGAAGUAUAGAGCGAAAAUAGCAGAUUUUGGAAUUUCAAGAUAUGUUACUAUCGAUCAAACUCAUCUAAGCACACUAGUACAUGGAACUUUUGGAUAUGUAGACCCUGAGUAUUUUCAAUCAAGCCAGUUUACGAAUAAGGGUGAUGUUUAUAGUUUUGGUGUUGUUCUUGCUGAGCUCUUAACGGGAGAAAAAGCUAUCUCGUCAACAGGAAAGAGAGAUGCCAAAAGUUUAGCUACAUUUUUUGUUAGUUCGAUGGAAGGGAACAAUUUAUUUGACAUCCUUGAUAGUCAAGUUUUGAAGGAAGCAGAAAAAGAAAAAAUCAUUACGGUUGCAAACCUUGCGAAAAGAUGCUUGAAUUUGAAAGGAAGGAAACGACCUACAAUGAGAGAAGUUGCAAUGGAAUUGGAGGCCAUCCAAAUGUCGCAAAGAGCUUCUAACCUUAAGCAAAAAUAUGGAGAGAUUGAAGAUGUCGAAACUGAAAUAUCAGAGCAAUAUGAUGUGACCUCAUCUUUAGAUUCACAAUCAUUAUUAUUAUCUUCUUAAUCAUUAAGUGAUAUUACACAUUGAUUUGUGUCCUAUUAUAAAUGUUUGUUCAAUUUCAUCUUGUAAGCUCCAUAAUUUGCUCUUUUCAUGGUUUCAGUACAAAGACAAUCUUAUGUUAGUAUAAAGCAUAGACAUCCA